CUACACUGUAUUGCGAAGGCAACCGGAAUGCGUGGAUCAAUUUUACGAAUAUCAGACGGGACGGUCGUCUUGGCCAGAACCCGGCAGGAGGUAAAAAGUGUUUUGAUGCGAGCCAUAUACGAACCAAGGUUAAUCGUUAACUCGAUUAUUACGGUACCCUGUGGCGGAUCGCUUGACAGCCUGAUGGUCACCGUGACCGGCAAGACGUUCACGCAAGUUUUCAUCGCAGAGCUCCGUCCAGAAAGGCCGCUCACUUAUGUCAUUGUGUCGUCUUUGACUCAACAAUUUUUCGCCGGACCAGUCGCCGACAGGCAGACUCUGGAAACGAGGUUCGCAGGAGGUGACUGCCCAGCUGACACGGGCGUCGAUCGUAUGCCAAAAGUCGGUUUAAAACCAAAGGAACAUGUAGGCUAUGCGCCUAAUUUAGCAACUCGCUGUAAAACCUCGCCCGAGAUCACACAAUCCGACAUCGCCGCUAAAAUCUUACAACACAUACUGCUCCACAUACCUCCACCAGAAAUCCAAAUCUCUCGCAACGUACCCUCCUCAUUGAAUACCCUAACUGGUUAUACACAUUCCGUAAUCUCAACUAAAAACCCACCUUCUAGAAUCUUAAGCCCCGUAUGCCCCAAUCCCGUCAACAUCUUCACUUCCCACCAACCAUUUCAAAACACUUGUAGUUACAGAGUUCCGUUCGACACAUUUCAUCCGAUGAAAAAUGUACCUCAACAUAUAGGACCAAUAAUUACAGCUUCACGUUUUCCAUUAAUCAUCUUUGAUGGGCCGCAUCAACUAUCGGCGAACACCUUUGUUCGGCCCCAACAUUUAUCUUUACGACCUUUACUGUUAUACCAUUAUUACGUGGGCCGUUAUGACAACGUAUAGAUACCGACAAUACACAGCGGCUUUAUCGACUCACAAUGAUGCCCUAAGUUGGUAUCAUGUUCCCUUUUUGAGUUUCGUUGUUCAAUUUGGUUCUUUUUUCUGUUGAAAUAUGUAGAAAUUCCUCUAAACCAAAAUUGUAAGAUGUUCUAAAUAUUUUCCUUGUUUUAAGCGGUAAUCCGUGUUGUGUGCAUG